AUGUCUCACCCAAACGAUAGAGAAACAAAGAUAUAUGUGGCAGGUUUGCCUUGGAUUACAAGAACCGAAGGUCUCAUAAGUUACUUCGAACGAUUUGGAGAAAUCGUUUAUGCUAAAGUAGUUUGUGAUGGAGCAACACAAAGAUCAAAGGGAUUUGGUUUUGUCACGUUUAGAGAAGUUGAAUCUGCAACGAGAGCAUGCGAGAAUCCAAAUCACACCAUAGACGGACGAACAGUCAAUUGCAAACUUGCUUAUCUUGGUGCUAGGGUUCACAAUUACCAACCAAACCAAUACGGUUAUUAA